AUGUCUUCUUCAGCAGCAGCACAAUCCACCGCCCAAUUGCAGACCAACUGCGCUGGGCUGCCAUAUAUCCCAAUCGAAGAGAGAUGGGAGCGCAACUGCCUCAUCUUUGAAAGGGAGGAGAGGGAGAGGGAGAGGGAGAAGGAGAGGUCGGCUGUGAAUCAGGGCCCGAGUUUGCACGAGAUUGAGAGGGCAAAGUUGAAGGUCCUAAACGGGGGUAGUAGGGUCCGCUUCUUUGGGGGUUAUAGGGAGCGGGAUGCGUCUGCGGAGCCUUAA